AUGUCUUCAGACGAUGACAUGCCUCUUGCUGGGUCAAGGAGACCCAACGGCAAACCUACAGCUCCCUCACCGUUGUCCUCCGCCAAGAUUCCUUCCAAACUCGACGCGACCAUGGAUCGACAAAUUCCUACCAAUGGUACGGUGCUACCCGGCAUCUCCAUGGCUAAUGGCAUUGUCGAGGAGAAGGACGACACCAAAAUGACCGAUGUUAAUGGCAGCCUCACCAAUGGAGCAGCAAAGCGCAAAGUUCGCGAAAGUCUUGCAAGACCAUCGUAUGCUGAUGCUGAAAGCAGCGAUGAUGACCAGCCAUUGAUCAAAAAAAGAAAAGUUUCAACAGCUAUCGAUUCGGACUCUGAUGAUGCACCUCUGGUCUCCAAGGCAAAGCCAAAUGGAACGAUAGUCAGCAGACCUCCUAGAGCUAGUGCAGCACAGAUUGGCGAAACAUCUGAUUCAGAUGUACCACUAAACCAAAAACUGGUCAAACAGAAACAAAAGAUUGAAAAGGCAGCUGAGAACGAGGCCAAACAAAUCAGAAAGGAUGAGAAGAAAGAGGCAACCAAGCCGUCGAAGAAGGUCGCACCACCACCAAAAAAGAUCAAGAAGUCCGAGUCAAGCGAUGAUGAUAAGCCUCUUGCGAAACGAGCCCCUGCUGCAACCUCCAAGAAGGCUAAAGUCGCAUCCUCAGCCCCUGCAAAGAAACCAAAGGCUACGAAAAAGGAGGAAUCUGCCGAUCCAGACGAUCAGGAUGAAGAAGAAGAGGUGAAAUGGUGGGAGGAUCCAACUAAAGGCGAUGGCACGAACAAGUGGGAAACUCUCCAGCACUAUGGUGUUGUCUUCCCUCCUCCUUAUGAGCCUCUUCCCAAGAAUGUCCGACUUAAGUACGAUGGCGUUCCUGUCAAGCUCCACCCAGAUGCAGAAGAAGUCGCAGGCUUCUUCGGCAGCAUGCUCAAUUCCACCCACAAUGUGGAGAACCCCACAUUCCAGAAGAACUUCUUCGAUGAUUUCAAAGAUAUCCUGAAGAAGACUGGUGGAGCGACUGAUCGAAAUGGAGAAAAGGUCCAGAUCAAAGAGUUCUCCAAAUGUGACUUUCGACCCAUCUUUGAGCACUACGACGCUCAAAGAGCUGCCAAAAAACUUUUACCAGCCGCCGAGAGGAAAGCGCUCAAGGCCGAAAAAGACGAAGCAGAAGCUCAAUACAUGUACUGCAUCUGGGAUGGUAAGAAGCAGAAAGUCGGCAACUUUCGUGUUGAACCUCCAGGAUUGUUUCGUGGACGUGGUGACCAUCCCAAGACUGGCCGUGUCAAAACCCGGGUUCAGCCUGAACAGAUCACGAUCAAUAUUGGAAAGGAAGCCACAGUUCCACCUCCACCAGAAGGCCAUAAGUGGAAAGAGAUCAAGCACGACAAGACGGGAACCUGGCUGGUCAUGUGGCAAGAAAACAUCAACGGCAACUAUAAAUAUGUCAUGCUUGCAGCCAAUUCCGACAUCAAAGGCCAGAGCGACUACAAAAAAUUUGAGAAAGCUCGCGAACUCAAGAAACACAUUGACCGCAUUCGAAAGGACUACAGGAAGGAUCUCAAAUCCGAGUUGAUGGCCGAUCGACAAAAGGCUACAGCUAUGUAUCUGAUUGAUCAAUUCGCUCUUCGUGCUGGUAAUGAGAAAGGGGAAGAUGAGGCCGAUACCGUGGGAUGUUGUUCGUUGAAAUUCGAGCAUAUCACGUUACGAGCACCAGCUACUGUCAUUUUCGACUUUUUGGGUAAAGACAGUAUUCGAUUUCACGAAGAGUUUGAAGUCGAUCCACAAGUCUUCAAGAAUCUCAAGAUAUUCAAGAAGGCCCCAAAGAGCGAAGGUGACGACAUCUUUGAUCGACUAACUACUACCCAGCUGAACAAUCACCUGAAGAACUACAUGCCUGGCCUCACUGCUAAAGUCUUCCGUACUUAUAAUGCCUCCUUCACCAUGUCCCGGCUUUUGACCGAGAUGAAAUCUGAAGGAACAAUUGCCGAGAAGAUCAAGGACUACAAUGACGCCAAUCGAAAGGUUGCCAUUCUCUGCAACCACAAACGCACAGUAGCGGCGGGACAUGCAAAUCAAAUGGAGAAACUCGGAGACAGAUUGAAGGGCCUCAAAUAUCAGCAAUGGCGUGUCAAACAGAUGAUGAUUGAUGUUGAUCCCAAAAUCAAGAAGAAGAAGGGAGCAGAAUAUUUUCAACUUCCAGACGACAUUGAUGAAGCUUGGAUCCUGGAGCAUCAAGCCUAUUUGGUCGAAGAACAGAGAACGAAGAUUACCAAGAAAUUUGAGAAGGAGAACGAGAAACUCAAAGCAGAAGGUGAGAAGGAGAUGAAGCACAAGGAACUCGAAGAACGUCUUGAUGCUGCCAAAGAUCUUGAAAAGAAGUUCAAGAAGGAGAACAAGACGAAGAAGAUCGAAGCGGAGGGCAAAUCUCCAUCGAUUGAGAAGCUGGAUGAAAAUGUGAAGAAGUUUGAUGCCCGAAUUGCUACCAUGUCUCUGCAAGCUGAAGACAAGGAGAACAAUAAAGAGGUGGCCCUGGGCACUUCCAAAAUCAACUACAUUGAUCCCCGCCUCACAGUGGUCUUUUCCAAGAAGUUCAACGUACCACUCGAGCGAUUCUUCUCCAAGACUCUGCGUGAGAAGUUCGAGUGGGCAAUCCAAUCUGUUGACGAGAACUGGACUUUCUAA